AUGGCCAUGGCCAUGGCCGCCGUGAAGGAGCACGUCCUGCUCAGCCAGCCCGACAAGCAGGUCCUGCUCGCCGAGAUCCCGGCCUCAGGCUCGCGCGAUCCGCAGCCGACGGUCACGCUCCGGCUGCUCGUCGAGCUGUGCAGCGACUACGGCGCCGGCCCCGCGGACGUCGACACGAUGGAGGACGUGGCCUGCCGCGUGCCGCUCGCCGACCUGGGCCGCCAGGGAGCGGCCGACCGGGCGUUCAAGGCGCUGGUGGCCCGGAUCGACAACCCGGCGCUGCGCCCGGAGGUCGCGGCGGAGACCGCGGCGGCCGCGGCGCGCGUCCGGGCGAGGUGCGUGACCGACGACCGCGACGGGCUCCGCGGCGUCGAGUUCCGCCUCCGCGUCGUGUUCGUCGACGACGCGUCCGAGGAGGAGGAGGAGGCGGACGACGACGAGUGCGGGAGCGACAUGGAGUUCGGGGAGUUCGACCUGAGCGGCGCGCGGAGCCUACGCGGCCAGCAGACCGACGCCGGCUACGACUACGACUACGACGAGGACGACGAGGACGAGGACGGCUGCGGCGCCCAGUUCACGGUGCGCCCGUACCGCGGCGCCCCCACGCGAGGGGGAGGAGGGGCGCCGUCGUCGUCCCUGCUGCUGUCUGGCUUCGAGGCGCGCUCCGACGGGCCCGAGCUCACGGAGGAGCACGAGGUGACGUCGUACGACAUACAGCGCGUCGUGCGCAUGGCGCUGGGCGGCGGGAGCGUGGAGGACGACGAGGCCUACCGGCGCGCGCUGGACGGCGGCGCGCCCGUGUCGCCGGCGUCGCGCGCCGCCAUGGUCGGCCGGGCGCUGCAGUCCGCGAGGCAGCAGCAGCAGCGGUCGAAGUCGCCACGCCCAAUCUUCCCGAUGCGUACCGGAUUCUGA